GGUUGAACGGAAAAAGCGAUCGGGUUAUGGAUAAAUCUAAAUUGGAGUAACAGAUGUGUAUUUGAAGCAAGCAGGAGAGGCUACGAGCUUCACAUUUCGCACCAUACAUAGUCAUAAAUUUGUGCUGCUUUUAUUCCGACCCAAAUGGAACCUCAGAUUUCUUUUCCUGUACAAGCUGGGGCUGCUUACACGGCCACAAUACACCACGACACUUAUCCACUGGUCAGCGCUGCCAAUUGCAAAGAACAAAAGAAUCGAGCUGUUUUCAUCACCGGAGCUUCCCGAGGUAUUGGUCGUGCGUGCGCUGUUGCAUUUGCCCAGGCAGGCGCCUCUGCCAUUGCUAUAGGUGCUCGCUCGUCCCUCGACCCGGUCGAGAAAGCGAUUUUCGAGGAGGCAGCAAAAGCUGGUCACCCGGCUCCCAAAGUACUCAAGCUCACGCUGGAUGUUUCAGAUGAGAAAAAUGUUGCCUCCGCCUUCGCUCAGACAGAGCAAUCCUUUGGUCGUCUCGAUAUUCUUGUCAAUAAUGCCGGACGUCUCGAGAAUUGGUUCCCGCUCGCUGACACCGAUCCCACUUCUUGGUGGGCGACUUGGGAGGUCAAUGUGAAGGGGACAUAUCUGAUGACACGAGCCUUCCUUCCGCUCCUCCUCAGAGGUGGACAGAAGACAAUUAUCAAUAUCAACUCGAUCGGGGCGCACCUGUGCCGGACGGGUGCCUCGGCCUACCAGACGGGGAAAUUGGCGAUAUGUCGUUUGACGGAAUUCACCAGCGUCGAGUACGGGGGACAAGGAGUUGUGGCAAUAGCCGUUCAUCCUGGAGCCGUCGACACUGAACUCAUCAAGGCCUUACCUGCCCAGUAUCAUACGAAUUUGGUCGAUGCGCCUGAGUUGGCGGCCGAUACAAUCGUAUGGUUGACCCGAGAAAAGCAGGGAUGGCUCAAUGGGCGAUAUAUAAGCGCCAAUUGGGACAUGGAAGAGAUCAUGUCUCGGAAAGACGAGAUUGUGGAGGGAAAUAAAUUGAGGGUCAGGUUGGUUCUAUAAGACGUGAGAUCCUUCAGAAAAUAAGAGAACAGCAGAGAACAGCUUCUGAUAAGCUCUCAAAAUGGAUGUUUCCCGAGCUGCAUGUAUCACUUCACCA